AUGAGUAUAGGAUGGAUGUCUCCAAUGUCGUUACUUCUACAGUCCAAAUAUUCACCUAGAGAUGUUCCUCUUACAGAUAAUGAGGUAUCAUGGAUGGCAGCUAUCCCGUACUUAAUUUGUGUUCUAUUUAAUUCCUUCAUCGUGUACUUCGUUGAUAAAUAUGGGCGGAAGUUGGGUAUGAUUUUGACAUCUGUAGCUGGCGCUGCCAGUUGGACUCUCAUGCUGGUUUCCUUUAAUAUAUGGGUUCUAAUGCUAGCUCGAGCAUUUGUAGGUAUAACUAUGUCAGGAUGUUAUGUCAUAUGCCCAAUAUACACUAAAGAAAUCAGUGACGCCAGUAUACGAGGUGCUUUGGGAUGUCUUGUUACUUUAUUUCAUACGUUAGGAAACCUGUUCCUCUACGUUUUAGGAGAUCUUCUAAGUUAUAAUGAAAUUCUUUGGAUUUGUCUAACUAUACCUAUCAUUCAUUUGAUGUUAUUCGUUUUCAUGCCAGAUUCGCCCUCAUAUCUCGUGAAAACAGGAGAAAUCGAGGCGGCAACUAAAGCGAUAACUUGGCUUCGAUGCAAAUCUGAGUCCGACAGCGAAGUUCAAGAUGAAUUAAAUGUUAUUAGGAAUGAACAUAAGCUAGACGAUGAAGGCAAUGAAUUCUUCCUCAAAACUAUAUUUACUGACAAAAUCCUGUUCAAGGCAUUUCAUAUUGCAAUUAUCACAACAUUGGCGAGAGAGGUGUGUGGAUCCAUACCAGUUCUGAACUUUGCUGGGGAAAUCUUCACUUUAGCAUCCGUUGAUGGGAAUCUAAUGCUGAGUCCUAAUCAAAAAGCUAUGUUCCUGGGUGGGGUUCAGGUUGUAGGGUCAAUUAUUGUUUCAAGCGUCGUAGAAAAAUGUGGAAGGAAGUAUCGAGGGACAGUGUUGGCGGUGGCUAUGUGUGCUGCUACACUGUCUGACUUCCUUCAGCUAUUAUUUUUCAAACCAUUAGCCAAAUCUGUUGGUAUACACGUAGCGUUUUACUUCUUCGGAUCAAUUUGUCUUUUAUUGGCUUUAUAUGUUAUAAUUGUAAUACCAGAGACAAGAGCUAGAAGCCUAGAAGAUAUCUACAAAGAUUUAGGCCAGAAGGAUCGAGUUGAGAUUAGAGAAAAAGAGAGUACAAGCUUU